AAUUGACAAAGAUCUGGGCUUCUGGAGUUUACGCACUAGGUCAAGGACUUGGCAGACUGAAGCUGCCUCGCUUCAUCUAAUCCAAUCCAAAACAAAAAAAACUACCUGACCUACUACUUAAAGAGUGUCGUGGUGACCACCUUCCCUCUUGCUCCUUUUGCGGCAGUUCUUCAACACCACAACCCAGAAAGCACGCCAAGCUUACAGUUGUUUGGAGAUCGACAUUGUUUACCCCCGAUCCAAGGGCAGCGCUAGAAGCUGCAUACGGCCAAGAAACCACAUCAUCGCCCCAGUCGUCUCGAUACCAAGACUAGAAUCUAGACCUUGACGUACGCUCCUUGGACUGCUGCGCCGAUAAGGCCUACUACAUACACCAUGGCGGACCCAUACGACGCUGGCAUGGCUUACCAGGCAUCAAACCAUCGGAUGGAGCCUGCCCUUACGAGCCUCCACUAUGCCUAUCCGAUCACCGUGUUCGUCUAUUACAUAGUCUCGACGGCCAUUGCCGUGUUGACCUUGCAGACGAGAUCAACCGACGAGGCCCACGGGCGUCGGCGGACCAUCAUUUGGCUGCUAACGUUCGUCAUCCUCACCUUCUUUGCCCAGCUACUCAACAUGAUGGUGCUCUCGUUUUGCCGCCACGAAGUUCCAUCUGAGCAGGACACCAUCAUCAAUCUUCUCUCGUGCAUUCUGGUCUUUGGCGUCGAGCUUGCCGGCCUAACGGACUCUCUGAAGCCUGUCUGGCACCCAUACAUAGGGUCUUUCGGGUUGGCCUUGGUUUUCGAACCCAUUAUCGAGACCUUGUCCCUCCUGGGCCGGUCACCAGAGCGCCCUACAUAUGCCGAGUUCUUCGACAUAUCGGCUGUUGCCACUAGAUACAUCGCUUUAUUGCUGGCCCUUGCCUUUUACGCCGAGGGCCUCUGGACUGCCAGGCAGGAGAAUUCAACCGACUCGGAACGCCAGAGUCUGCUCAAGCCAAAUGGCCACCCCAAUGGUGAUGCUUCCGAGACGGCUGAUGGCCAGUCGGACGGCCAACAGCACGAGGGUUACGGCUCGACAACCUCUGACUCGGCAACCUCUGACUCUGAAACCGCCAACUCAGCAGCCUCCGACUCGGCGACGUCCGACUCGGCGAGUGACGACGGCGAGACUACGAAAACCGACACGAAAGCCGGCAAGGCAGAGUCCCCGUGGGAGAGACGCGAGAGACAGGCCAAUGAGCAGAUGGAAAAGCGACUCAAGGAGAAGGGAAAUUGGAUUACUUAUGCGAAGAGCUUCCUGGUUUUCGUUCCUUAUAUCUGGCCUGUGAAUAACCGGAAGCUCCAAAUACGUAUUGCGCUCGUGGGAUGCUGCUUGCUCGCCAUGAACGCCGUCAACGUUCUUAUCCCCCGGCAGAUGGGCAUCAUUACGGACAGCCUCAACGGAGACAACGACACGAACCCCUGGAUAGCGGUCCUGGUCUUCGCCGGGCUAAAGCUGGUAGCCUCGGAGGCUGGGCUCUCGCUGCUUCGCCAGUGGCUGUGGAUCCCCGUUGAGUACUAUUCAUUUGGUGCCCUGAGCACGGCGGCGUACUCGCAUGUUCUCAACCUCUCUUCCGACUUCCAUGAUUCGAAGAGCUCGUCGGACAUUAUGAUGGCGAUACAAUCUGGACAGAGCAUAUCGAGCAUGCUCGAAUCCAUUUGCUUCCAGGCCAUCCCGAUGCUCGUCGACAUGUCGGUGGCCUUUGUCUAUCUCUCGAUCGAGCUAGGGCCGUACGAGGGGUUCAUUACGGUUGCCACGGCCUCCAUAUUCCUCUUCAUCGCCACUCGGAUGAUCUCGGGGCUCAAGGCAGCCCGCCGGGGCGAGGUCAGCGCGUGGUUCGAGGAGCAUUACGUCCGUCAGGCGGGCAUCCAGGGCUGGUCCACCGUCACCUGCUUCAACCAGGUCGGACACGAGGAGGAACGCUACUCGGCUGCUGUCCAGAAUCGUGUGGUCAAGUCGCAGAAGGUCUACUUUGGCUAUAUCCUUGCGUAUGCCUUCCAGUUCUUGGUAUUGCUGUCGGGUCUUUUGGCGGGCGCCUUUCUCGCCGUCUAUCAGGUCACGCAUUCGGACCCGGAUCCCGCCUCCGGCAGGCAUGCCACGGCAGGCAAGUUCAUCAUGCUGUUGACGUACUGGGCACAACUGGUUGCCCCUCUGACCUUCUUCGCGACACUGGGCAAGUCGGUUUCUAGGGAUCUGAUCCAUGCAGAGCAGCUUCUGGACAUCAUGCAGACAAAGCCGACAGUCACCAACAAGGUGGGCGCGCCACCGCUGGAGUUUACCGGCGGACACGUUGUUUUCGACAACGUGCAUUUCUCAUACAACAACAAAAAGUCCAUUCUGAAAAACAUUAGCUUCACCGCGACCCCAGGCAUGACGAUUGCUUUUGUUGGUGCCACAGGCGCGGGCAAGUCGACCAUCCUGAAGCUCCUGGACCGCUUCUACGACGUCACGGAGGGAUCCAUCAAGAUUGACGGCCAGGACAUUCGCGACGUCGAUCUCUUCAGUCUGCGAGGCCAAAUCGGUGUGGUGCCCCAGGCCCCGAUUCUUUUCGACGACACCAUCAUGAACAACGUACGCUAUGCAAAGCUCACGGCGACGGACGAAGAAGUCUACGAAGCUUGCAAGGCUGCUAGUAUCCACGAGCAAGUCUUGACUUUCACAGAUGGUUACCAAACCCGUGUUGGCGAACGCGGCAUCAAGCUUUCUGGCGGCGAGCUGCAGCGAGUUGCAAUUGCACGCGCAAUCCUGAAGAGGCCUGCCAUCGUGCUGCUCGACGAGGCAACAAGUGCGGUCGACACGGAAACGGAGCAGAAGAUCCAGGAGGCUUUGCGCGUGCUCUGCGAAGGCCGCACUACGUUUAUAGUAGCGUGAGUUCUUGCCAUGGUGCGACAGAAGAAUAUCACG